AUGUAUAAGUCUAAGGCUGUCAAUCACUAUACACCACCCAUGUAUAAGUCUAAGGCUGUCAAUCACUAUACACCACCCAUGUAUAAGUCUAAGGCUGUCAAUCACUAUACACCACCCAUGUAUAAGUCUAUUGCUGUCAAUCACUAUACACAACCCAUGUAUAAGUCUAAGGCUGUCAAUCACUAUACACCACCCAUGUAUAAGUCUAAGGCUGUCAAUCACUAUACACCACCCAUGUAUAAGUCUAAGGCUGUCAAUCACUAUACACCACCCAUGUAUAAGUCUAUUGCUGUCAAUCACUAUACACAACCCAUGUAUAAGUCUAAGGCUGUCAAUCACUAUACACCACCCAUGUAUAAGUCUAAGGCUGUCAAUCACUAUACACCACCCAUGUAUAAGUCUAUUGCUGUCAAUCACUAUACACAACCCAUGUAUAAGUCUAUUGCUGUCAAUCACUAUACACAACCCAUGUAUAAGUCUAAGGCUGUCAAUCACUAUACACCACCCAUGUAUAAGUCUAAGGCUGUCAAUCACUAUACACCACCCAUGUAUAAGUCUAAGGCUGUCAAUCACUAUACACCACCCAUGUAUAAGUCUAAGGCUGUCAAUCACUAUACACCACCCAUGUAUAAGUCUAUUGCUGUCAAUCACUAUACACAACCCAUGUAUAAGUCUAAGGCUGUCAAUCACUAUACACCACCCAUGUAUAAGUCUAAGGCUGUCAAUCACUAUACACCACCCAUGUAUAAGUCUAAGGCUGUCAAUCACUAUACACCACCCAUGUAUAAGUCUAUUGCUGUCAAUCACUAUACACAACCCAUGUAUAAGUCUAAGGCUGUCAAUCACUAUACACCACCCAUGUAUAAGUCUAAGGCUGUCAAUCACUAUACACCACCCAUGUAUAAGUCUAAGGCUGUCAAUCACUAUACACCACCCAUGUAUAAGUCUAUUGCUGUCAAUCACUAUACACCACCCAUGUAUAAGUCUAUUGCUGUCAAUCACUAUACACCACCCAUGUAUAAGUCUAUUGCUGUCAAUCACUGA